GGGCGCGGCAUGAGGCGCAGGGCGGGCGCGGAGGCGGCUCCGCGGGGCCAGGCCCCGGCCUCGGCCCCGGCCCCGGUCCAGGUCCCGGCCCCUCACGACACCGACCCCGAUCCCGAUCCCGGCCCCGAGGAGCGCAUCGCCGCUCGCCGCCGCCGCAUCGCCGCCCGCCUCGAUGCCAAGCGCCGGCAAGCCCUUGGAGAAGAUGAGGAGCCAAAGGAGGAGGCUGAGGAGGAGGAAGAGGAGAGAAGGAGCCACAGGGAGGUGGAGGAGAGCCAGCAGAGGCUGGCCAAGCUGCUCUUGGAAGGCACGCAGAUGGUGACAAACAUCCAGGUGGCCGCUGACUCGAGGGAAGCGCAGAGGAGGGCAGAAGAGGCAGAGCUGAAGCGGGAGAGGGUGAAAAGGCUGGAGAAUGAAGCCAAGUCCAGCGCCUCCGAGUUUGAGAAGAUCACCUCCAAGUGGGCCUUGGCUGAGGAAAUGACGAUCCCGCAGGAGCUGUGGCAGCUGCUGAACCAACAGCAGCAGCAGUGCGCGCUGCUGCUGGAGGAGAAGAACAAGCUCAUUGGUGAACUGCAGCAGGAGCUGAAAAACAAAGACGUGCAAUACGUGCAGGCCGUGAAGAAGCAGUCAGACGACAUCCACCUGCUUCUGGAGAGAAUGGAGGAACAGAUCAGGGUCGUGCUGAAAACUUACCGCCACAAGCUCCAUCACAUCGAGAAAGCUUUUGAGCUCGAACGGCGAGAGCUGCUGGACAGCAACAGGAAGCAGUGGGAGGAGGCCAUCCAGGCCCACAACACGAAAGAGCUGGAAUACCUGCACGCCCGCAUGAGGAAGGUGGAAGAGUUUGAGAAACAGCUGAAUCAGCUGUGGGUGCAGGAUGAAGAGGAGUAUAACAGCAUGAAGAUCCAGCUGGAGAACGACGUGCAGAACCUGGAGAGGCAGCUCCAGCAGACGAAAGCCGCCUAUCAGCUGAACCAGGAGAAGCUGCAGUACAACCUUCGGGUGCUAAGGAAGCAGGAUGAGGAGAACACCAUCACCAGAGCCCAGCAGAAGAGGAAGAUCAACAGGCUCCACAGCUUACUGAAUAACCUGAGAACAAAACUGGACAACCAAGAGAAGCAGUUCGGAGAGGAGCACCAGAGCCUGGCAGCCGACUGCGAGCGCAUCACAGGACAGUGCAAGGAGGUGCAGAAGAGGAUGAGGCAUUUCGCUGCCAGCGACGCGGAGAAGUUCACGGAGGUCUGGCUGAUGAACGAGGAGGAAGCCAAACGGCUGAUGCGGAGAGCCCUGGAUGCAGAUCGCGUCAUUCACACCCAGCAACUGGGGCUGCCCUGGGAGGAGCCUCGGUACUGGUUCCUCAGCAACGUCGGCCCCCUCAGGCGGUACAAGGCAAAGAGGAUGGCGACCAAGCUGGCUGCUGAGGUCCUGGCAGAGAGCGGCUGUGGAGGAGAGGAGGAGAAAGAGAAAGAGGAGGAGGAAGAGAAAGAGAAGAAGGAAGAAGUGGGCAGUGGAGGAGGAAAAGAAAACAUAGCAAAGGCUGAGAAGGAAGAAGUGAGUGACAGAGAAAGAAGAAAAAGCACAGCAAAGGCUGGGGAGAGAGCCACACCUCUGCCAAACAUCUCCAAGAAGACUGCCAAGAGGAUCCUGGAGCUCGUGAGCGACGAGUCGGGUUUCCUCAUUGAGAGAAAGCUGCUGAGGCCUCUGCGUGUGCUGGGAAGGCACGAACGCACCCUGCUGAGGCUCGACUCCAUCUUUUCGGCCCUCGAGAUCGACAGCGAGGAUGACCUGCUCCAGCUGGUGGCCUUCUUCCCGAAGCACAAAGCCCAGGAGGCGGCUCUCAGCCAGGGAAGCCCCGGUGGAGAAGAUGUCACGGAUCUGGGGGAGGACAGAGCGAGCAGUGAGUCCGGUGCGCAGAGUGAUGAGCUCAAACCUCCUCAGAGACCGCUGGGCUCCCUUCCGUCUGCGUCCGUCCGUGCUGAUGAUGUCCUAAGGAUCCUGAAAGCGUUUGUUCAGGGCUUUGACAAGCCGAGGGAGGAGGACAGGUCAGCAAAGGAGGUGCUACAGGUUCGGGACAGCUCCAAGGACGGGGAGUACUGGGAAGCCCUGGCGCACGUUAUCCCAGAGACAACUCUGAAGCUGUGGGACGCGCUGGCGGCGGCACUGGAGGAAUAUUACAACGUCCUCACGCGGAGGGCCGGCCUGCUCGCCGAGCUGGACGAGCUGCAGCAGCAGAACCUGGAGCUGUGCCUGAUGCUGGAGCAGCACAGCGCCUCCGGGGUGACCAGCAAGCUGCUGUCCCCUCCUGUGAAGUGCCUGGACCUGGAGCUGCUCUGCCCCACGGGAGCACGGUGA